AUGUCUUCGGGUCGAUAUGAGCGUCUACCAACCGAGCCUGAGUCGAGGCCGUCGUCUAUAGAUCUUGCCAACGAAGAGGCGAGUAUUGGACGACGAAGGUCGCCUCCAGCGAACCGGGUCACUUACGCUCGUGAUCCACGAUUCGAAUUGCCUACACCGCCUGCGUGGCAACGCGUUGCACUCGUUCUCUUUGUCGUAUUUUUGUUUUGGAUGUUGUACAAACUGAGGGCAUCAGCAUUGGAGGCAGGCGUUCCAGCUGUCCUCUGGUGA